CAUUUUCUCUCCGAGGAUAGUCAGUUUAGCUAGCAGCACCAUUUCACGGAGACGUAUCGCAAAAGCCUGUCUCUGGCAUUUCAUAAUUAUUUUGGAAAAAAACAACACUUUAAUAAGAGUUUACUCAUUUAUUUUCCAGCGCUUAAUUAGGUAGCUAGCGUAUUAUAGGUUUAUUAAAACAGAAGAAUCAAAGGACAUCCCACACGGCCACCCCACCGUGCUGGAACUAGUUAGCUACUGACGCUAACUCUAGCUGGCUUUAAGGCUUUUCUCGACCGACGCAACAUUCACUGAGCCUGCAAGCGAAGUCUGUCAAAAUGAGUGCAGCCUCCUCCCAAAAAGUUAUCCUGAAAAGCACCACCAAAGUGUCCCUAAAUGAGCGCUUCACUAACAUGCUGAAGAACAAGCAGCCCACUGCAGUAAGCGUUCGAGCCACCAUGCAACAGCAGCAUUUGGCCAGUGCCCGUAAUCGUCGGCUGGCUCAGCAGAUGGAGAAUCGGCCCUCAGUACAAGCUGCUCUGAAUCACAAGCAGAGCCUGAAGCAGCGCCUGGGCAAGAGCAACAUCCAGGCCAGGCUGGGCCGGCCUGUCGGGGCUCUUAUGCGUGGAGGACCUGUUGGAGGCAGAGGAGGAAUGCGGGGGAUGGCCAGGGGAGGCCUCAGAGGACGAGCCAGAGGAGGUGCAAUGAGAGGAGCUCUGUCCCUGAGAGGGAAGAGAGUGUCUACAGGUGUUCCCAUGCGAGGACGUGGCUCUGCUGGCCGUCUUGCAAUGCGCAGAGGAGGCCGCCACCGGGGAGGAGCUGCUGGCAGAGGAGGAGCUCUGUCCCGAGGAGCAGCACGAGGGGGAGUUGCCAGAGGCCGCGGUGGACUGCGAGGUCGUGGUGGUUUUGCUGGUCGAGGUGGUCGUGGCCGCGGGCGGGGCCGAGGUGUUGGUCGUCCGACCGUGACCCGUGAACAACUGGACAACCAGCUAGACGCCUACAUGUCAAAGACCAAAGGUCAUCUGGAUGCUGAGCUGGAUGCCUACAUGGCUCAGGCAGAUCCAGACAGCAUGGAGUGAUGCUGAAGAAUUCUGAAGCCGAAGCACGUAGAGUCAACGCAGAACUGUACAGCUGAACUCACACAUAGUGUAGUGUAUUUUACACCAGAUUGAUGUGCUGAGAAAUUGUGUUAAUAAUUUAAGAUGAGCGAUGGCAGUCCAGGAUCGUGUUCUGGGAAUAGCAAGAAAUCAAGGCAUCACCUGAAUGUGCUCCGACCAUGACUCAAUUCUGCAUCGACCCACUCCUACAAAACCCUUUUUAACUGUGUGAAGGGACCUUUUUAAAUAAUAAUGAACCCUGCUGUCAGUUGACAUUGAUGUGUUGUUUUAAUUUUAGUUUUUUUUUAUACUUGACCUGAAAAACACUUACAACACAGAUAUCUAUAAUGGCUUAAACUGGUCAAUGAUCAAGGGGAUGUUGUUAACUUUCUGUUAAAACCAAUUUUGAGAUCUUUUUUUUUUUUUUUUUUUACUUAGAUUUUAGUGAUGGUGUGCACCGAUAUUUGCUUAUUCAUUCAUUGGCUUAUUUUCGAAACAUUUGCAAUGCAAAACCUUCCUAAAAUAUUUGUUAAAAAGAAUGUAAGGAAAGCGUUUUUAAGCCAAGUAUCCAUGUGUCUUUGUUUUCUAUUUAAAAGGUGUAGUACAUUGAAGAUUUUUGUUCCUCCAUAUCUUCCACCAGUCUGCACUCUUUGGGGGAGUGCUGGCAUUCUUAACUUGUACUUGAGAGCAUUUGUAUGACAUUACCCAAAGCAAGUAAAAUAAGUUUUAAUUAAAAUGAAAAUGGUGAUUUCCCUUAUUUUGUCAAUUGUAUGAAUGACCUUAAAUGUCCUUGAGUAAAAUGUUGACCACA